AUGGCCAGGAGUGGUCUGGCCCCCCCCCAGUUAUCUGGUAAAGAGGGCCUAACCUCCCCACUCCAAUCGCACGCCUACAGCCCCCUCGGCCUACAAGACCGGCCCGCUACACCCCCCCCCCCGCGGCUCACCCCCCGCCUAGGCGCACCACGCCAUGUCAAGUCCCCGCGCCUGGAGAUACCGGCAUCAACGGCGGACCACCACCCCCUUGUUUACGUCCGCCACCCCGCCCAGACGGGGGUCCUCCGGCGCGACGCGAGGCCACGUGCAGCUCCAAGGCCCCAGGGCACCCACUCCUUAAUCAGAUCUGCACCCCGCCCCGCGAAGCGGAGAUCCCCCGAAGCCGCCCGACUCCUAUGCACCCGGGCGCCCACGGCCAGUCCCCCCCGCGCCCUCCCCCAUCACCCCCGGCCCCCCAUGAUGGACUUACGUGAUCUCAAGGGGCAGCCCGCCGGCCCGAAUAUACCGCGGCCCCCGGCGGGCCAAAGAACCGCGGGAGCCCGGCCAAGAGGCUCCGACCGCGCCAACAUUAUGCGAAACGAGCUUAACGGGCCCCGGCCAGCGCCGAGCGCGCGAUUGCCAUUCCACAAAAACCCCGCCAAUACCCGGCCCGCGCCGCACGCCCCGCUGGACGCCGCCUGA